CUUAAAACGUGCUGUUAAGAAGAUUACGAAGAAAAAGAUAAAUUUACCGUGACUGGACCACUCGAGUUACUUUCGCUUUACACAGGAGCCCCAUCGCUAGUACUCAUUCCUUCACGUUUAAGUGUGAACAGCCAAGAUGGCGGCGUCCAUGGACAAGGCAUUGGUUGUAGUUGGGAUCGUAGUUAGCUUGAACCUCGUCUCCUUUAUUGGAACAUACUUCUCUUCAUUCAACGAGAAGCUUAAAUAUAGGCUAUUAAUUGUGCAGUUAUAUUUAAUGGUCCAAUCAGUACUCUUUUUCAUUGCUCGCUAUGUGUGGAUUCGUGUGUGUCCAACUUUGUUUAGAUCGACUUCAUCCUUGGAGAGGGUCUUGAUGAUGAUUGUGGCUGCGAUCCUUGUGCUGGGGCAGUUUUCUUGGUUCUCUGGAGUCAUACUAGCCGGCGAAGAACCUCACUUAUUUACCCUCAUCACAUACACAUGUCUUGGGAUCACAUUACUAAUGGCAUCGACUAUCUUUCUUGUUGAUUUGUUAUGGUGGAUCUUGUCGUGUCUACGAGUCCCGAUCGCAAGUCAUCUACAUCGAUCRUCGAAGACCCGUUUUAAAAUAUUGCUAAUACUAGCUAUUUCCGCCUCCUUGACGCUGUAUGGCCUUCAAAAUGCCUCUAGAUCGCCUACAAUCAAUCGACUAAGUAUUCCCAUUAAGAAUUUACCGAUGGAAUUCAAGGGUUUUACUAUACUUCAACUAUCCGAUUUACAUGUUGGUAUUACAGUUGGUAAAACAAAGUUAGAAGAAAUAGUCAAGACUUGUAAUGAGCUGAAACCAGAUGUUAUUGUUGUGACUGGAGAUUUGGUGGAUGCUACUGUAUAUCAAAUACGACAGGCUGUCAAGCCACUGCUAAGGCUUAAAGCUAAGUAUGGACUCUAUUAUGUGACUGGGAAUCAUGAAUAUUACACUGGCGAUGUGGAUGCCUGGAUCAAAGAGCUGGAAUUUCUAGGAGUUCAUGUACUCCAUAACUCACAUAUUACCAUUCAGCACCCUAAAAAUCCUACUGCAAUGCUGUGUAUAGCAGGUGUAGACGAUUAUGACGGAGGCAUAUUCAGAUAUGGAGAGCAUGGAGUACAGCUUGAUAAAGCUUUAGCAGGACUCAAGCCACACACUGCCACAAUUCUUCUUGCUCACCAACCAAAAGUGGCCAAAAAAGCCCUUCAAGCCUACCCAAAUAUUGGCCUAGUUCUCUGUGGACAUACGCACAGUGGACAAAUAAUACCUAUUCAUCUGUAUCAUUACAUCUUACAGCCAUACUUUUCAGGACUGCAUAGACAUGAGAGAGGGUCUUAUGUUUACGUUAACACUGGUACCUUUUUCUGGGGGAUGCCAAUGAGGGUGUUUUCUUCAUCUGAGAUAGCUUAUAUUUCUCUCAUUCCCACCUAAUGCUGGAUAGAAAGUAUGUGUAGACAUAAAGAAAGGCCUUAAAGAGUGCUUCUUUCAUCUGAGACAUUUCACUUGGCCCCAACUGAUGCUAAAGAGUGUAUGUAUAGAGUAAGCAAAUGAAAUGCUUGUACUUAACAUGACUUUUUCUGUGGGGAAAUUCUCACAAGGGUAUUUCCUUCAUCUAAGGCCCUCCCCCAUCUCCCACAGAUGCUUGGUAGUAUAUAGUCAAUUCAAAUAAUAUAUAGUCGUUGACCAGCUAAAGCCUACACUACUGGAUGGAAAGGAACUAUGGUUAUAAAUCACAGAAGCUGUUGACUGCACAUUAAAUAUACCCCAGGUUUACAGACAGAUCUUUGCUGGUAAGCAGGCAGUGUCCAAGAAAAUAGUCUUUUAUUAAAUGCCUUGGUAUUUUCAAAAUUGGGAACUUCUUUACCAGAAUUAUAAAACCCGUAUUAUUUGACAUUUAAUUUCUUUUCCCCCGUAAAAAGACAUACAUUAAAUGGAUUUGGGUUGCCAUUAUUACCUCAUUAGUAAGCAGGAACUAUUAAUUCAGAGCAAAUAUUUAACCACUUUAGUGAUUUCUACCUAUCGUCCCUUUCAGGCCAGGUGCAUAGGCUUCAGCCAGUUGAGGACAAUUUUUUUUUAAAUGACUGUGUAUAUUUAUAUUGACCCUUCAACAUGGCCAUUUUUGGAUUUUCUAUCAGUGAAGUUUCUCCAACAUAUCUCACAGCUGAAAUACUAACAAAUGAAAACAUAGUCUGUGACCAAAAUUGUUCCAAGUUUCAAUGAUAUGAUUAGCAAUUAGGUAAUUAGUGGUUUUAUAAAAGCAACUUUUUUUUCUACAAAUAUGAAUUAAUGUGAAGCCAUACAGUAUAUAGAGUGCCUAUUGGGGUUGCAUAAGGUCCUUGACAUUCUGUUUCCCCAUUUAUUAUUAUUAUCGGUCUGCAACAUAGAAUAAAUACAAAAUAAUGGAGAAAGGAUGUUGAGGCUUUCUGCAUCUCCUACAAGUCUAUACUGUCCAUGCGCCAAGACUACAGGUACAUAUAACAGGCUGUAUACACCGGUAUAUAGAGCAAGCCUAUCCAUCACGCUUUUGUCAACAAGUAAUUAAACCUUAAAGGGAAUGGUUUAUUGUAUGAGCAAAUAA